AGUCACAAAUCAGCAGUAAUCACAGAAAUAUACACCUUUCGAAGUUUGUAAAGCUUAAUUAGCCCGAAAUGGAGUUCUACUCAUCCUCGAAGCUAGUUCGGUCCUUGGCUCUCGCAAUCGCCGUGGCGCUCGCCGUCGGCACCCCGCCCUACUGCUCCGCCCAGAACGCGCCGUCCGACUACGUGGCACCCCACAACGCCACGCGAGCGGCGGUGUCAGUGGGGCCGGUGACGUGGGACAACACGGUGGCGGCGUAUGCGCAGAACUACGCCAACGCCCGGAAGGCCGACUGCGCGCUGGUGCACUCGGGCGGGACCUUAUACGGGGAGAACCUCUUCUGGGGCUCCGGGUCCACGUGGACGGCGAAGAACGCCGUGGACAUGUGGGCGGCGGAGAAGCAGUAUUACACCUAUGCCACUAACACUUGCGCCGCCGGCAAGGUCUGCGGGCACUACACGCAGGUGGUCUGGGCGGCGUCAACGAAGAUCGGCUGCGCCCGUGUCGUCUGUGAUAAUAACAAGGGUGUGUUUAUUAUCUGUAGUUAUGAUCCUCCGGGUAACAUGAACGGACAGAAGCCCUACUAGCUGGGUGAUCUCUGUUUGCAAAGUGUUGUUUGUUCAUGAUUUGUGUUGACAUAGCUAAGGGAUGCGCACGUGCCUCCCAGGGAAAUAAGCUGUGAUAUGUUGUUUUGUAAGAACAUGUAUGUUUAAAUUUCCAUGUAAGCUCUGUUUUUAAUUCCCACUUAAUGCAGAGGGAAGAAAUUAGAAAUUAA